AUGGGAAGAAGAGCAAAGAACAAGCAAGGGUUACCACCCACGUACGAUGAGUUUCAAGCACUGAAGGACAAGAAGGAACAGAAAAAGAGAAAAGUUCAAAAUGAUAGUGAUGCUACAGCAAUUCCUAGUAAGAAACAUAAAUUGAGUGUAAACGAAAGGACAACAGAAGCUUCUCAAAAACCAAAAAAGUUCCAAAAGAAACCAAAGCUUGGAAGAGCAAAAGAAGAACCAGCUUCGGAGGAAGAACGUUUGCCCGAAGUGGAUUUAGAGGAGUUAGCAUCGGCAAGGAAAUCUUUAUUCGAUGAUUCUGACGAAGAAAAUGAAGUACAAGAAGAAGAGUUUGACGACGAGGAGCUUGAUGACGAAUUCGAAGACGGUGAUUUGGAGCAGGUAGAAUCAGAUGAGGAAGAUCAGGUGAAGCAUAUGUUCUCGGAUGACGAUGAAGACGAACAUGAUUUGGAGGACUUGAAUGCUGAAAAUAUGGAAGCAUACUCAAAGCAACUUGACGAUGAGGACGAACUUGAAGCUGAGGAAGCAGAAAAGGAAUUGCUUGAAGAAGGUACAGUACAGCCACGAGCCAAAGUUUUGCCAACAGAUGCUGAAGAAGAGGAAAUGGCGCAAGGUCCACAGGAUGUCACCAUGGUAAGAACAAGAAUGCUUGAAAUUGUUAAAGUUUUGGAUAAUUUCAAGACGUUGGCUGAAGAAGGCAAAUCAAGAGCAGAUUAUGUGUCAAGAUUAAUCAAGGAUAUUUGUGAAUAUUUUGGCUAUUCUGAGUUGUUGGCCGACAAGUUGUUCAACUUGUUCUCACCUUCAGAGGCAAUUGAAUUUUUUGAAGCUAAUGAAACUGCAAGACCAAUCACAAUAAGAACGAAUACCCUCAAAACCAAAAGAAGAGAUUUGGCCCAAAGUUUAGUCAAUCGUGGUGUCAAUUUGCAACCUAUUGGUUCGUGGACCAAAGUGGGGUUGCAAAUUUUCGAUUCUCAAGUACCAAUUGGAGCCACGCCAGAGUACCUAGCAGGUCAAUACAUUCUUCAAGCAGCUUCUUCCUUUUUACCAGUGAUUGCAUUGGACCCUAAAGAAAAUGAACGUAUAUUGGAUAUGGCGGCAGCUCCAGGAGGUAAAACAACUUAUAUCUCAGCUUUGAUGAAGAAUACUGGGUGUGUGUUUGCCAAUGAUGCAAACAAGGCAAGAACGAAAUCAUUAAUUGCAAACAUACAUCGUUUGGGGUGUAAAAAUACGAUUGUUUGUAAUUACGAUGCAAGAGAGUUUCCAAAAGUGAUUGGAGGCUUUGACAGGAUACUAUUGGAUGCACCUUGUUCCGGUACUGGUGUUAUAGCGAAAGAUGAGAGUGUCAAGGUUAGCAGAACUGAAAAGGAUUUCAUGCAGAUUCCGCAUUUACAAAAGCAAUUGCUAUUAUCUGCUAUUGACUCCGUGGAUGCGAACUCAUCAACCGGUGGGAUCAUUGUCUACUCAACUUGUUCCGUUGCAGUCGAGGAAAAUGAAGCAGUUGUAGAUUAUGCAUUGAGAAAGAGGCCAAAUGUUAAAUUGGUUGAGACGGGAUUGGCCAUUGGUAAGGAAGGUUUCACGUCUUAUCGUGGUAGACAUUUUAACCCAAAAUUGAACUUGACCAGGAGGUACUAUCCGCAUAUCUACAACGUUGAUGGGUUCUAUGUAGCCAAAUUCAAAAAGAUUGCAUCUUCGCCUCAUGAUGUGUCGAAAGCAGGAGCGAAAGAGAAGGAGCAUGCAGCAAGAGCUGAAGCAGAAGAAGAGGGUAUUAUUCAUGAAGAUUUUGCUGAUUUUAACAGUGAAGAAGACGAAGCUUUUAUUGAGAAAUCAAAGAAGCAUAGUUUGAGAAAAAAGGGUAUCAAUCCACAUGCUAAAAAGGUGUGA